AUGGUAUAUGCUUCAGGUCGAAUUCUCUUCACAAGAAACCCCACCAUCGCAUCGAAAUCAGCUCCUUUUCUCUUCACGAAACGAUUGCCUUCCAGUUCCAAGCAUACCCUUUUGCGUUCUUCGAGUAAUUCUUCAGUUUUUUCGUUUUCUCUAUCCUUCAAGGCAGGAGUUUCGAGGCCUGUGUUGUUUGCUUUGAGAUCGGAUCCUACAAUGGCAAGUCAAUCCAGUGCUCAAUCAGUCCACGAUUUCACCGUCAAGGAUGCCAGAGGAAAUGAUGUGGAUCUCAGCAACUACAAAGGGAAAGUCCUCUUGAUUGUUAACGUUGCCUCACAAUGUGGCUUGACUAAUUCCAACUAUACUGAGCUGGCUCAGUUGUACGAGAAGUACAAAGAGCAAGGCUUGGAGAUUCUAGCAUUCCCAUGUAAUCAGUUUGGAUCUCAGGAGCCAGGGACCAAUGAACAAAUUUUGGAGUUUGCUUGCACUCGCUUUAAGGCCGAGUAUCCCAUUUUUGAUAAGGUUGAUGUGAAUGGUGCAAAUGCUGCUCCAAUUUACAAGUUCUUAAAGUCGAGCAAAGGGGGACUUUUCGGGGAUGGCAUUAAGUGGAACUUUUCCAAGUUCCUUGCCGAUAAAGAUGGCCAUGUUGUCGACCGAUAUGCUCCAACUACUUCCCCUCUGAGUAUUGAGAAGGAUGUGAAGAAAUUACUGGGGAUUGCUUAAGGGCUCAUGUUACUUCAUUAGCUGUUGGUGAAUAAGUGAGAAUAUUACUAUGAAUAAGUGCAGUGACCAUGUCUUUGUUACAUGUCAAUCUAGUUGGGCAUGAUAAUGUCCUAUAUUCAACUGCAGCCCUUUUGUGUUUGUAAUGUAUGUAUCAGAGUUUGUGUAAUCUGAUGGUGGCUUAUAUUAUAUAUCUAUCCUGACUUU